UCUCUCCGCAUCUCUCUUUCUUUCCCUUUCUACCUCUCUCUAUCUUCCCCUCCCUCUCGCUCAGGAUGGCAUAUUCUAAGAGGGAGGUGGCGGUGGCCAGUGGCUCAGGGUUCGUGGUGUCAGAGGAUGGACAGAUCGUGACCAACGCCCACGUUGUGGCCAAUAAGCAUAGAGUAAAGGUGGAGCUGAAGAGCGGCGCCACCUACGACGCCAAGAUCAAAGACGUGGAUGAGAAGUCCGACAUCGCACUCCUCAAGAUCGACUCACCAAUCAAGCUUCCUGUGCUGAUGUUGGGGCUUUCGUCAGACCUGAGGCCUGGGGAGUUUGUGGUGGCCAUCGGAAGCCCCUUCUCACUCCAGAACACAGUUACCACAGGAAUAGUCAGCACAACCCAACGAGGGGGCAAGGAGUUGGGCCUACGCAACUCUGAAAUGGAAUACAUUCAGACAGACGCUAUUAUCAAUUAUGGUAAUUCAGGAGGUCCUCUGGUGAAUCUGGAUGGUGAGGUGAUCGGGAUCAACACUCUGAAAGUGACAGCUGGUAUUUCUUUCGCCAUUCCCUCCGAUAAGAUCAGAGAGUUCCUGACUGAAUCCUACGUCAGACAGUUCCGAGGAAGAGCUGGGGCAAAGAGAUACAUUGGCGUGAGGAUGAUGACACUCACUCCAGCSUUGACCAAGGAGCUAAAGGUGCGACACAAAGACUUCCCUGAUAUCACCUCUGGAGCGUACGUCAUGGAGGUAAUCUCCAAAACACCAGCCGCAGCUGGCGGUCUGAAGGAGCAUGAUGUCAUCAUCUCUAUCAACGGCCAGCGGAUUUCCUCUGCAACCGACGUCAGCGCCAUCAUCAAGAAGGACGUCACGCUGCAGGUGGUGGUGCGCCGUAGUAACGAGGACGUCAUCAUCACCAUCGUUCCCAUGGAGAUCGACCCCUGACCCCCCAGCCCCACCGAUGAGCUGAUGCUCAUUAGCAUCACUAAUGGACCUUAUAUGGACAUGUGUGUUUAAUCGCGCUCCAUGGAGAAUCUGUGGCCUUUAGGGCUUUGUGGCACCAUGCACCUGAUCAGGUUAAGACUUCGCCUUGAAAAGGAACGAUUGUAUAGAGCAUCUCAGCAGAGUUGUACUUCCUCAUCCAUGUGUAUUACACUUUUAUUAUUGUACGCUUCUACUACUGUYUACUGUUAAACACUAGCUAGUUGACCUGUUUUGASUUGUUAAUUCUGUGUUUUUUUAUACUGACUGAUUGUUCAGAUGGAGGCCCACCAUGGCAAUGUAAAACAAUGUAGAGAGCAGCUCUGUGCGAGUUGUGCAAUUAUUUUUUUCUAAAUUCCUAUUCUAAGUACUGUAGUUUUAUGGUGUAUUUGUCAAUGACAUUUACAGAGAAGAGAAUAAAGUCAAGUGUUUUAUGAUGGUAA